AUGUCAGUAUCAGCAACACAAAAGAAACCUGUGAAGCAAGCAGUUAAACAAGUAGUUAAACCUAAAGUCAUACCCAAGAUAGCCCCUAAGAAAACGGUGAAACAGCCAGCAGUUGAUAAAACCAAGGACACUGAUGGCGAUGGAAUACCAGAUUACUUAGAUGAUGAUGAUGACAAUGAUGGUAUUCCAGAUCAUUUAGACAACGACGACGAUGGUGAUGGCAUUCCUGAUGAUCAACAAGUUGAUACAGAUGGUGAUGGUAUCCCCGACUACCUUGACGAUGAUGAUGAUAAUGAUGGAAUACCGGACCAUCUUGAUAAUGAUGAUGAUGGUGAUGGUAUACCUGAUGAUGAAGAACUUGAUACAGAUGGCGACGGCAUCCCCGAUUACCUGGAUGAUGAUGAUGACAAUGAUGGAAUCCCUGAUCAUUUGGAUGCAGACUCUGAUGGAGAUGGAAUACCAGACUACCAAGAAAUUGAUACAGAUGGCGAUGGUAUUCCAGAUUAUUUAGAUGAUGAUGAUGACAAUGAUGGUAUUCCAGAUGAAUUAGAUGAUGAUGAUGACGGUGACGGUAUACCCGAUGACCAAGAAGACUCUGACGGUGAUGGCAUACCAGAUGUUUAUGAUGAUGAUAAUGAUAAUGAUGGUAUUCCAGAUUAUCAACAAAUUGAUACUGAUGGUGAUGGUAUUCCUGACUACCUUGAUGAUGAUGAUGACAAUGAUGGCAUACCUGAUCAUUUAGAUGAUGAUGACGAUGGAGAUGGUAUACCUGAUGAUCAACAAGUAGACAGUGAUGGCGAUGGAAUUCCAGAUUAUCUAGAUGACGAUGAUGACAAUGAUGGUAUUCCUGAUCACUUAGAUGAUGACGAUGAUGGUGAUGGAAUCCCAGAUAAUCAAGAGGACAGUGAUGGUGACGGAAUCCCUGAUCAUCUUGAUGACGAUGAUGAUGGUGAUGGCAUUCCAGAUUAUCAACAAGUCGACAGUGAUGGCGAUGGUAUUCCCGACUAUAUUGAUGAUGAUGAUGAUAAUGACGGCAUUCCUGACCAUUUGGAUGAUGAUGAUGAUGGUGACGGAAUCCCAGAUGAUCAGGAGGUUGAUACUGAUGGCGAUGGUAUUCCUGAUCAUCUUGAUGACGAUGAUGAUAAUGAUGGAAUCCCUGACCAUUUAGAUAAAGAUGAUGAUGGUGAUGGAAUUCCAGAUCAUUUGGAAGACUCUGAUGGAGAUGGCAUCCCAGACGCUCUUGAUGAUGACGACGAUGGUAAUGGAUGA